AUGCAGGUCGCAAAGACGAGGAAAAAGCAAUAUGUCAACAACAUUUCGAUACCUAAAGAAGUUGUUGUUGAGAUAUUACGAAGAGUACCUUGCGAAGAGUUGUUUGAAACUAUAAAGAAAGUAUGUAUGCAGUGGUGUUCGAUUAUCUAUAGUGGAAGUUUUGCCUACUCACACGUUGAGUGCAGAAUAUUAAAAUCAUCAUCAUUUUUCUCACAAUAUGAAGCAGUUGUUUUUUAUCAGAUUGAUAAUACACGCUCCAUUUCAGUUUCUGCGUUGGAAUGGCAGAGUAGGCCUUUCCCAAACUAUCCUAAUGAAGAUUUAGAGACUAAAUACAUGUUUACAAUAGACGAUGUAUUGCAAUUCCAAGUACCACGAAUGAUAACAGUGAAUUCUGUGAAUGGUUUUGUUUGUUUUUGGAGUCGCAAUGCUCGUGUCCAUGUCUUGAAUCCUCUGACUGAAGAGCAUUUCACUACUCCACCAUAUACGUAUGAAAUUCGUUCUGUUACACCCCCCUGUCUUGCUGCAAUUGGGUUCGGGUUUUGCCAGCUUUCCUAUGAAUACAAGGUGGUUGUUCUUCAAGAAGAUGGCGAAGGAUUUGAGAUUAAACCAUUAGUUUUUACUGUUGGAACUGACCGUUCGUGGAGGUCUCUGAAAGCAAUACCUGAUAUAAAAUUUGGUACGAGAUUUGAGAAGGGUGUAUAUGUGAACGGGGUAUUGUAUUGGUACAUGGAUAGUUGUACUCGGCCACGUUGUGGGAGUAAUGAGAUCAUUACAUCCCUCAUAUGUUUCAAUGUAUCUAAAGAAGAAGUUGUUACGACUAUGGUUCCAGCUGAACUUGAUAUCAGAGAAGGAUAUGAAUCUAGGAUAGCACAAAAGGGAGGGAACCUUUGUUUG